AUGGUUGACGAUGUCAUUGGAAAGGUAAAUUAUCUAACAACAACAAUAGACGGGUCCACUCCUUGGUUAAUAGCGUCUUUGGUACCGGUGUCAUUAAGAUCAAAUCUUGUACAAUCAUCGGUUGAUGUUACUAUUCACGACUUACGAGGCAAAGAAAACAGUGUCAAUCUAGAUACAAAUGCUCUUGAAGUGGCCAAAUACAAUGGUUGUAUACAAGAAGAAUUUGAAGAAGGCAGCGAAACACAAAAAAUUUAUUAUGAAGAGAUUAUUGAUCUUCUAAAGAAGCGUCUAGGUGCUUCUCGGGUAAUUAUCUAUCAUUAUGUAUUUCGCUCUCGAGGUUCAUCACUAACUGAUGAAGAAUGUAAUAUGACUCACAGAAAUCCAGUGUUUUAUCCUCAUGUUGAUACCGAUGCAUCUAUAGUUAAAAGAUUGGUAGAGAAAUUACUUAACAAAGAAGAAGCUGAAAGAGCAAUGAAAAAUCGAAUUCAGAUUAUCAACAUCUGGCGUCCGAUAGGUCAAAAUCCAAUAACAGAAAAACCGUUGGCCAUUUGUGAUUAUCAAUCGGUUGAUGUUGACAAAGAUGUUCAUCCUCUAUCAAUUCGUGACACUGAUUGUCAUCCAACAGGUUAUAUUAUGUCUCGCAAUUAUCAAGAUAAACAUAUUUGGUACUAUUUAAGCCAAAUGAAAUCCGACGAAAUGUUUUUAUUUAAAAUAUUUGAUAGCAAACCUAAUGUUGCUCAAUUUGCCUUUCAUACAGCUUUUAUUAAUCAAAAUGCAUCAACAUCAAAUGACAAACAGAAAAGUCUUGAAAUUCGUUGUAUGAUUUUCUACGAUAAAUAA